CUCGGAGACCCGAUUUGAAAUAAGAGCCAGGCGGCCCUCGCUUCCCUGCGCCCGACUUUUCAUAGGCUGGGAAGCUAAGCUUGAGAAACUUGACGUUGUCUUGAGCAGAGUGCGUGUAGCAACAGAUCAAAGAAAAAGAGGAAGAAAACGUGCUCUCAGCUGCCUGGGGGUCUGGCUGAGUUGCUUUUGUCUUGCGGGCUUCUGCUGGGUUUGGUGGUUUCCCCUCGGAAGACCGGGGCGUGGGCUUGGAGGCGGCUCGCUCCCUGCCGGAUGGGUGAUGGAACUCCAAACAUGAGGCAGAUAGCUGAUCAGCUUCCUUGGAUUUUGCUGAUGACCCAGGAGAGCUUUGCCUGAAGAUGGAAACACUGGAGUCGGAGCUGACCUGCCCUAUUUGUCUGGAGCUCUUUGAGGACCCUCUCCUGCUCCCCUGCGCACACAGCCUCUGCUUCAACUGCGCCCACCGCAUCCUGGUGUCACACUGCGCCACCAACGAGUCUGUGGAGUCCAUCACCGCCUUCCAGUGCCCCACCUGCCGGCAUGUCAUCACGCUCAGCCAGCGAGGUCUAGACGGGCUCAAGCGCAACGUCACCCUGCAAAACAUCAUCGACAGGUUCCAGAAAGCCUCCGUGAGCGGGCCCAACUCCCCCAGCGAGACGCGCCGCGAGCGGGCCUUCGACGCCAACAGCAUGAGCUCCGCCGAGAAAGUCCUCUGCCAGUUCUGUGACCAGGAUCCUGCCCAGGACGCGGUGAAGACCUGUGUCACUUGCGAAGUGUCCUACUGUGACGAGUGCCUGAAAGCCACUCACCCGAACAAGAAGCCCUUUACAGGCCAUCGUCUGAUUGAGCCCAUCCCGGACUCGCACAUCCGGGGGCUGAUGUGCCUGGAGCACGAGGAUGAGAAGGUGAAUAUGUACUGUGUGACCGAUGACCAGUUAAUCUGUGCCUUGUGUAAACUGGUUGGGCGGCACCGCGAUCAUCAGGUGGCAGCUUUGAGUGAGCGCUAUGACAAAUUGAAGCAAAACUUAGAGAGUAACCUCACCAACCUUAUUAAGAGGAACACCGAACUGGAGACGCUUCUGGCUAAACUCAUCCAGACGUGUCAACAUGUUGAGGUCAAUGCAUCACGUCAGGAAGCCAAAUUGAUGGAGGAGUGCGAUCUUCUCAUUGAGAUCAUUCAGCAAAGACGACAAAUUAUUGGAACCAAGAUCAAAGAAGGGAAGGUGAUGAGGCUUCGCAAACUGGCUCAGCAGAUUGCAAACUGCAAGCAGUGCAUUGAGCGGUCGGCAUCACUCAUCUCCCAAGCGGAACACUCCCUGAAGGAGAAUGACCACGCGCGUUUCCUCCAGACCGCCAAGAACAUUACGGAGAGGGUCUCCAUGGCAACAGCAUCAUCCCAGGUCCUCAUUCCUGAAAUCAACCUCAACGACACAUUUGACACCUUUGCCUUAGAUUUUUCCCGAGAGAAGAAGUUGCUAGAAUGUCUGGAUUACCUGACAGCUCCCAACCCUCCCACGAUCAGAGAAGAGCUCUGCACGGCUUCCUAUGACACCAUCACCGUUCACUGGACCUCUGAUGACGAAUUCAGUGUGGUUUCCUACGAGCUCCAAUACACCAUAUUCACCGGACAAGCCAACGUCGUCAGUCUGUGUAACUCGGCCGAUAGCUGGAUGAUUGUGCCCAAUAUCAAGCAGAACCACUACACGGUGCACGGUCUGCAGAGCGGCACCAAGUACAUCUUCAUAGUCAAGGCCAUCAACCAGGCGGGCAGCCGCAGCAGUGAACCUGGGAAGCUGAAGACAAACAGCCAGCCAUUUAAACUGGACCCCAAGUCUGCUCAUCGAAAGCUGAAGGUGUCCCAUGAUAACUUGACAGUAGAACGGGAUGAGUCGUCGUCCAAGAAGAGCCACACACCUGAACGCUUCACCAGCCAAGGGAGCUAUGGCGUAGCUGGAAAUGUGUUCAUCGAUAGUGGCCGGCAUUACUGGGAAGUGGUCAUAAGUGGAAGCACAUGGUAUGCCAUCGGCCUUGCUUACAAAUCGGCCCCGAAGCACGAGUGGAUUGGGAAGAACUCUGCUUCCUGGGCGCUGUGCCGCUGUCACAAUACCUGGGUGGUGAGACACAACAGCAAGGAGGUCCCCAUCGAGCCGGCCCCCCACCUGCGGCGCGUCGGCAUCCUGCUGGACUACGACAACGGCUCCGUUGCCUUCUACGACGCCUUGAACUCCCUCCACCUCUACACUUUCGACGUCACCUUCUCGCAGCCCGUGUGCCCCACGUUCACUGUGUGGAACAAAUGCCUAACCAUCAUCACGGGCCUGCCAAUCCCAGACCAUCUGGACUGCACAGAGCAGCUGCCGUGAGCCCCUGGCUCCACCGAGCGAUUUGCUGGGGAGUCCGAAGGGUGGCGGCCACCGUAUCGGGGACAGAGAAAAAAAGCACAGGCUUCCAGAAUGUCAUUCCAUCUCGCCAACAAGCAUCCAGACACCAGCUACACUAGGACGCCCCACAGGCAGUUCCCACCCUUGUCCCGGGUAAUGGGAUUCAGUUCAGGCCUUCAUUCGUGUCUUUAACCGUUUUGUUCUGUAUUCACAGGAAAAGGUGUAUUGAUAAAAGCAACGUAGCCAGGAUCACGGACGCCCAGGAAUGACCUGGUUUUGCACAGGAGGCGGCCCAUACGUUGACCCGCUGUUACCACCUUGAUUCCAUCACAGUCCAUGGGCUUGGAGGAAAAAAAAAAAAAAAUCUUGAGUUUUGCGCGCGUCUUUACCUCACAUCGUCCAUCCUACUGAUGCCGCUGUAGGUCCGGUCGCCCCCACGCAGGGCUUCAUCUGCAACUCCUUUCAAAAUAAAAAAAGAGUUUUGAACCUAGUAGGGAAGUAAACCGACUUUCUAACUCUGGUUUCGCUUGAAGGGGCUUUAACUCUGAUGUCUGAAAUAUGUAGUGGAUGCAGGAGGAUGGAGAGAGCAAAAGAGCAUGGAAAAGAACGGACCUGGGGGCUUGGAAUCCGCCGCGGUGAAAUUGGUCCUUCCCUUCCUGAUGGCUGGUGGGGAUGAUGCCGACAAGAAAGGUUCUGAAACCUCUGGCCCCAUCCUGCCCUGUGUUGCCCGGGCUUAAGGAUUCUGGGAGCACAUUAAGAAUGACAAUGCCGCCAUUGCAGUUUAAACGUGUGUGUGUGUGUGUGUGUGUGUGUGUGUGUGUGUGUGUG